UUCCAGGAUGUAUUUAUUGGGUCGUUGGUUAUGUCGUGAGAUGUUUUCUUCGUCUCCCAGCUAUUUUCGACAGUCGAUAGUUUGGGCUUCGCAGAAGGCAUCGAAACAAAUAAAACCACUGAGUGGGCAGAUAGCUUUGGUAACUGGGGGUGCACGAGGUGUUGGUAGAGGUGUCGCAUUGCAACUUGCUGAAGCCGGUGCAACAGUAUAUAUUUCGGGACGGAAACCAGAUUCUACUCCCCGUAUACCUACUUUACAUGAUACCGUCAAUGAAAUAUCAAGCAGAGGUGAUAAAGCUGUUGCAGUUUACUGCGACCACAGUAAAGACGAUGAAGUUAAAGAACUUUUCGAAAGAAUAUCGAAGGAUGAAAACAAUCGAUUGGAUGUGCUGGUCAAUAAUGCAUUCUCAGGAGCCACUGCAAUGGAAAAAAAUGUCGGCAAAAAAUUCUUUGAGUGCCAUCCAUCAUUUUGGGAUGAGAUAAACAAUGUUGGUUUGCGAAACGUUUAUAUUUGCUCGGUAUUAGCUUCACGCAUGAUGGUUCCACGCCAAAAGGGGCUAAUUGUGAAUAUCAGUUCAGCGGCUGGCGUGCGCUACUUUUUCAAUGUGCCCUACGGAGUGGGUAAAGCUGCUAUCGAUAAAAUGUCCGCGGAUAUGGCUGAAGAACUGAAGGCUUAUAAAAUCACGGUAGUAUCAUUAUGGCCUGGAACAGUGAAAACUGAAAAAUCAUAUGAUUGGUUACGAUCUGGAAUACUAAGCAAACUUACGAAAAUGCCUCAGGCUCAAAUAGAGCGUAUGGUAGAAAAAGGAGAAACUCCUGAUUUUGUUGGAAGAGGCGUGGCAUGCUUGGCUAGCGAUUAUCGGAUGUUGAAGAAAACUGGAUGUGUACUUUUAACGGCUGAUCUGAGCAAUGAAUAUCUGUUUCUUGAUAAUAAUGGAAAAAUUCCUUCAAAUAUAAGGAGUGUAAGCGUUGCACUAGAUUUCUUCGGAUUUACAACAGCAGCGAAAUUAAUACCAAGCUUUUUAAAAAUUCCAGCUACAUUUCUUCAUUUAUCGUCCAAUAAAUUUAACAAACUGUAA